UAUAAAAUAACUAUGCUAUAAACGUAACUUUUAUCUCUUUUUCCCUUUAAUUCAGAUAAAGAUAGGUAGCUUACAAAAAAAAAAUUCAGAUAAAGAUAGGUCCAAGGUCUUUAUCAUUAAAAAAAGAAUUAAUAAUUUCAAGAAAAAUAAAACUAGAUACAUACCUCUUCCAAAUCAUUAACGGAAAAAAAUACUUCUCAUCUCUUUAAUUAUCGACAUACCCCAGAAUCUCUUUCUCCACUUUUUGUCGUGAAACAGAGCAUAUUACAGCAGGUUUCAUUAAUAUCACAGUACGCUGACUCCAUCUUUCUUCCUUUGAUAUUUCUUCUGUAGAUAAUUGUGUUGCUGUUUCCUCCUUGAUUGAACGGCUCGGAAUACUUACUUGUUGUCAUACGAUUCUGUUCACCUCAGCAAUUGUGGAAUCAAUAAUGAGGAUGAGGAGGAAGGUGAAGCGAGAAUCUGAAGCAACCGGCGAAGGCAAUGGGAGGAGACAUGUCGACGAGUCUGCGAAGAACAAGGGCGUAGAUGACUCCGUCCCAACCGACGAGCCUCCGACUCAGGAAGAAGAACAGCGAAUUUCUGAUCGGAGGAUUCUCAGAUCUCAGUAUCUCGCUCUUAUUCACAAAAUCAGCGAUUCUAAAGAUGAUUUAACAAGAGUCGAUUCUGACAAAUUCUCCAGAAUUUUUAGUGAAUUUGAGAACCUGCACCAGAAAGUUCAGAAGCCAAGAGAGCAAGUUGCAGAUGCGGAGGCGUUUCUGGAUAUAGCAAACACCAUUAUGUCGUCUGUCAAGUCUCACUCUGCUAAUGGGGUUUCUCCUGCUGACUUUGUUAAUGCUUUGGUCAAUGGAUUUGGUCAGGCUUCUCUAGGGGUUGAUGAAACUUCUCCUGUUUCUAUCAAAUGGAAGGAUCUUGGGCUUGCUGUCUGCUCUACUGCUUUUGUAUCAUCAUUCGGUUGUUCCACUAUGUUGGGACCUAUGAGUACUGAACUGAAGGAAAGGAAAAGGGCAGUCUACAGAAAGCGUACAAAGCCUGGUGAAGGCGUUCGUCCAGAGGAGGUGGAUGAUAUACAGUCUGAAGAGAAGACUGAUACAGACAAGAACAUGGCGAUAAUGUUUAACAUCCUACGGCAAAAGAAGCGCGUGAGGCUUGAAAGUUUGAUGCUCAACAGAAGAUCAUUUGCACAGACUGUAGAGAAUUUGUUCGCUCUAUCUUUCUUGGCCAAAGACGGACGAGUAGAGAUCAUUGUUGAUAAGACCGGUUCUCAUUUUGCCUUGCCGAGAAACGCACCUGCUGCAAAUCUGGUGAUGUCAGGGGAAGUCAUCUAUAACCAUUUUGUGUUUAGAUUUGAUUUCAAAGACUGGAAGCUGAUGUCUGAAAUGGUGCCGAUGGGCGAAGAGCUAAUGCCACACAGAGAAAUUGCAAUCGCUUCAUCUUCUUGUCCCUCAGACUUCCCACAAGAUUCUCAGACAACGCCAAUAAGAAAAUUCUCGAGAAACCGAGGUUUGGUUGUACAGGAAGAUACUGUUGUUGAAGAUUCUCCUGACAUCGAGGGGGAUGGAACUCGAAAGAGAUGUAAGCGGAGGCUCGCUUGAGAACAUUAGUCUUGUUGUAUUUAGUAUAUAACUACAAUAUAAGAGUAGUGUGUCAAAAACUACCGAUGCUGUUUGGUUUUGUGACAUUAACUUAAUGUCUUGUUUAGUAUUGUUUUGUUUAUGGUAGGAGUGUAAGCAUCUAAGUGUCUUUGUCAUGUUAACUCUAAAAAGCAUCUUCUUUUAUUUGAUCAAAAAGAGACAUUAAUCUUGGUAAA